AUUCAGGCGUAUGAAUAAGAGUCAUCGGGGCGUAGAAUAUCAUACAUAAUUACUACCAAUUCGCGCAAAGGAAGCAUUAAACAUGGAUCACGGAGCAGCAAGCAUAAAUAGACCGUGCACAGAAAUAACAACUAAAUAAAUAAUCAAGCAAUGGACUAUACCGACAAAUCGUGUGUCCCAUCGCGGGAUGCCACAUUGAGUGUUGCAAUGAACGUGAGCAAGUGGUCCGAACGGUUGGAAAGGUGUGUGUGGUCCUUUCUACUAGCAUGCGGUACAUUUCCAUUGCGAUUUGAUGCCGUCGGACCGGGACGAUUCUUCACCAGCCGCAAACGUGCGCUGUACUGCAUCGGAAUAACCGUGGUGUAUGCCGUCCUUAGUCCCGCCCUAAUGUAUCUCAUUUACGAGCAUGAACGGGUGGCAAACGUUUACCUGGUGAGCAUGCUGAACGCGGCGCAGCUAAGCUUUAUCUAUCUGUUCAUGAUCGUGGUCAAUGUGAGGAUGUUAAGCAAAGCGCAGGGUCUCGCCUCAACGCUGAAUGCAUUGCUCGCGAUACGCAAUACCAUCCUGCAGCAGUGGAACUGUCGUGUCCUGAGCCGGGAGUACGGCAAACUGCUUCUUUACAAAGUUCUUGCGAUCGAUAUGGCACUGUUGCUCUUUUCGCUGAUCAUGUACUACGUUACGCAGGAUGAAGUUCCCACUGGAGCGGAAGUGGUGGUGGGUGUAACCUUUUCCGUGUUUCAGUACGUUUUCACGGCGCUGGUAAACCUAUACUUGGUGGGGCUGAUGAUCGUGAGCUUCAUUCAAGGAUCGAUCAACUCUAAGCUGACGAGCUUAGUCGAUCGGUCGGGGGAAGAAAAGCCAUCAACGAUACGCGAGGUGUACAUGGUGCACUGUGAAAACGCACAGCUGGAGAAACAGUUUAUGGCGAUCAUGGAUCUGCCGGUGCUGCUUCUCAACGGUUGGUACUUCUACAUGAUCGUGGUGUCGGUUUAUUACAUGUACACCUCAACGAUGGUGGAAGUGAGGCGCGGGUUUGGCGCAGAGGACGUUACGAAGUACUUCAACUCGGUGACAUUUUUCCUCUAUCUGGCCGUCCAGCUGUACUACAUGAUGUCGAUACCGUCACAGUAUACGGAACGAUCGAAGAAAAUGCUUUCCAUUCUGGGCGCCAUAAAUCACCGCUCCAAGGGACCUCGAAUGGAGCGUAUGCUCGACCUUAUAACGCUGGACUACAUGCAGCGGGACUACGAUGUCCGGAACUACGGACUGUAUGACAUUAAUCGAGCUCUACUAUUUGGGACAAUUGCAACCGUGACGAGUUACGUGAUCAUACUGGUACAGUUCCACAUGCAGCAGUAUGGGUAGGGCGAAGGGUCGCACCAUGGAAAUCCAUUAGUCACCGACGACAGCACGCCGUUACAGAUGCGCAUGAACGCAAAGAAUCGCAAACGGAAGGAAAAGGGAAGAGAAGCGAACAGCAAAACACUUUCUUACACGGACCGCACUGCUGCCCCUUAACGACCAUUAUCAACGGGCAUGGACGCAAAAUCAUGCGCGUUUGUUUGUUUCGGAUGAUGUCAUGGCCGGCUUCCCCACGCCCUCGACAGUGGUUCCACACUCACACACGCGUACGCAUUUAGCAGACAGACGCGGGUGGCAUGCUAAUGAUAGCAAAGUUGUGAUUUUAUUGUUUCUUUGAUCACGCUCUAAGAUGCUUUGGGUAAUGCAAGUGUAUAUGAGAAAACAAAACAAGAUAACCGCAAAUAAGCAGGCGCCAAUAACACAAUUUUUCAAGCAUUUCAAGCACAACUGCACUCGAAACAACAGCGGCCCCUUGUAAACAGGAGUCGCUGUAUGGAUGAAUGAAAAUGUUUGUAUAAAGAUUGCAACAUGUUUUAAAACACUCUACAAGAAAAUAUGCUGCAAAAACACACACACACACGCGCUACCGAAUUACCUGAACGGUAACGAAUUCGAACAUUCUACUCUACUGAAGAAAGCGCUUGAGAUUUAGGAAUUCAGAUCGUUUUCGUUCAUCUCCACUGUAAGGCAUUUAUCCCGGCCGUGGGUGUUGGUUCUCUAUCAUCACCAAUCUACAUAGUUGCUGUGUCCUGGGAACAGUUAGUCGGUUCUCGGCGUCCUUCGGCGUACGCACAAACACACACACUAACUGAACGCUCACGGAAGGCAUGCGUGUUAUCCUGAGAAAGUGUUGGAGACGGAGAAGAGUCCCAUCCAGCUACACACAGAACGGGUUUUUUUCUUCUUCUGCCGUUCGCGUGACGGUAGUAGUAGUAGUAAGCUUACACACUAGUGGGAAAAAAUGUAAAAUAUUCGGUUCGAUUUUGGCGUAAAUGGAAGGGGGGUGCUUUUGGAAGCCGGAGACCACUCCCCAUCCCCCCUACUAAAAUGGGCUUGUACUGGUGGACUGGCGGAUUACUUCAUGAACAGGCACAGGAUGGUGAAGAGGGUGAGGCUGAGGAUCUUCCAGUUGGAAGCGAACCGGUGGGCCGAAUUACACUCAUCCUGGUCGCACUGGCUGCAGAACACCUCGCGGACCGUGUCCACCUUGAACUUGCCGUCGCACACAUUCUGCGCCUUGUAGAUGCAGCCCUUCACAAUCGUCGCCUUCUUCGAUUCGGACUCCUCAAUGCGCAGGUGAUAGCACUUGUAGUCGGUGGAGGGCAGGGUGGCCGUGUUGGGCUUCAGCACCAGCAGGGAGGCGGCCGACGCGCCCGUAGUAAGUAUGGAACAUUCGGUGAAUUCGGGCACCUUGUCUUUGUCCUUUUCGGCGCUGUCAUCCGAGGGCAGGACGAUCUCGGUUCCCUGCAUACAACGCAGGGCUUGAGCAGCUGCAAAGAAAAAAAAAGGUAUGAGGGUUACGGUACAGUUCAAUUUACCCUCACAAACACGCACAAACACACACACACCCCUAAUAUGUGUUGGCAAACACUUUCAGUAACUUACCCUGGAAGCUGGCCAGGAAGAAAAAGACGCUCAGCAGGAACAGUUUCAUCUCGAUUAUUGCUUUCAAUUACACAGCACACAACAGCACACAAAGAGACGCACACGCACAGACGACUGGAUGCGGCUAAAGUCUGGCUAGAAA